AUGGGUGAUCUGCCGUAUCCGAUGAUGUUAAAUCAAGAGCUUAUGGCAGUUAUGAAUCAGCAUACGAUCAAUCAUGUAGCUCAAGCAGCAGCUGAAUCACUGCUGAUGACGCCGAGUGCGAUGCUGGCCGCUGCAGCUGUAAGACGUCCACAUUCGCCAGCGAUCACCCCAGCUGUCUCAACCGCUACACCGAUCAUCCCGUCGGCUGUAGGAAUGCCAUUUCCAUCACCACUUAUGCAACAGGACGUGCUCAACAUGGUCAUGGCCACAAUGCCACAAACUCAACAGCUCAUGUAUCUUCAACAUAUGUCUCGACUUAACGAAAUGUGUAAGCAACUAACGCCAACAACGACUGCGGCAACCACUUCAGUGGCAGCAGCAGCCGCUGCAGCUGUGACAGCUUCGGUCACACCGAGCAGUGUUGCUUCACCGGUUAGCUCAUCGCCUACUGCAGUUGCCGCCACCACAACAUCACCGGCCACGUCCACAUUAUCAGCCAAUUUCUCUGACCUCUCAACUCUCAUUAACUCACCUGCAAAGAACGAGUGA